UGUGUGACCCACAUGGUUUCACGUGUGGGAUAUGGUCUGAACUGCGUAUGAGGAGCAGAAGAAGAGUGGCAGCAUUUGUUUUUGGGGUUUUGGGGCAUAGCUGCUCCUGAGAAAACGGACCGUGAACGUCAAAACGAUCCUAUCCUGUUGGGGGGAGACGGACAGCCAGGAAGGAGUCACUGCUUCACUCACAUAUACCUUCUGCAGCAUGGAGAGUCGUUGUAGUACAUGCUCGGUGCUAGCGGGAGCUAAACAAGAGUCUCCUGGACAGUUUUCGGUGAACACAUGGAGUGCAGCCCUUGAUGGUGACAUGACAUUUGAACUCUAGGCUUUUGUAGACCAGAGACAUACAGCGUCGUCUUCCAAAACGAGAACAAUCACCACCGUGCCGUUGGAUAAAGCCCUCCGAAGCACACCUAGGGAUUUUGACCUACCGGUGGAUACCACAGCUUCCAGACAGCAAAACAAAUCAUUUCCAUUCCUCCAUUUUAAACCGAUAAAUCAAUAACUCACUAUUUUGUAUUCAUUUUUUCAAUCAGAAUUUGUAAAGUUGUGAGCUCUACUUCCAAGAGUUUACUUUUAGGUUAAUCGGUAAUAAUGGGUCCUGGAAUGGAGACAGUGGACGUAGCAGUGGUAGCCUUGUAUUUUGUCCUGGUGCUAGCCAUUGGUUUUUUUGCCAUGCGUAAAGCCAAUCGCAGCACCGUGCAUGGCUACUUCCUGGCUGGACGCUCCAUGACGUGGAUAGUGGUGGGUGCAUCACUCUUCGUCAGCAACAUUGGCAGUGAACACUUCAUAGGCCUGGCUGGGUCAGGCGCAGCAAGUGGCUUUGCUGUUGGAGCAUGGGAAUUUAAUGCGCUUCUACUUCUGCAGCUGCUUGGCUGGGUGUUUGUCCCCGUGUAUAUACACUCGGGAGUAUUCACCAUGCCGGAAUACCUGUCGAAACGCUUCGGUGGCAACAGGCUAAAGGUUUACUUUGCUUUCUUGUCUUUAUUGCUAUAUAUUUUUACCAAGCUGUCUGUGGACUUAUUCGCUGGAGCUCUCUUCAUUCAAGAGUCCCUGGGUUGGAACUUGUAUCUGUCUAUUUUCCUGCUCAUUAGUAUGACUGCACUGCUCACUGUCACUGGCGGAUUGGUGGCAGUACUCUACACGGAUUCCCUUCAGGCAGUGUUAAUGAUUGGUGGAGCCCUAACCUUAAGCAUCAUUAGCCUAAUUAAAGUUGGUGGGCUAGAAGGUGUCAGAACUAAGUACAUGCUGGCAGUUCCAAAUGUUACUGCAAUAAUGGCCGCCGGAAACUUCACCUAUUCUCCUUCCUGCCGUAUUGAUCCUAAACCAAAUGCGCUACAUGUCCUUCGAGGUCCCCUGGAUGAAGACAUCCCAUGGCCGGGCUUCCUUCUUGGCCAGACCCCUGCAUCUAUUUGGUACUGGUGUGCAGACCAGGUCAUUGUCCAGAGAGUACUUGCGGCAAAGAACAUUGUUCACGCUAAGGGCGCUACGCUCAUGGCUGGAUUUCUCAAGAUCCUUCCCAUGUUUCUAAUAGUCAUUCCUGGAAUGAUCUCCCGCAUCUUGUUUGCGGACGAGCUCGCCUGCAUUGGGCCAGAGCACUGCAUGUCUGUGUGUGGUUCUUACGCCGGCUGCUCAAACCUUGCCUACCCACGCCUGGUCAUGGCAGUGAUGCCCAUGGGACUCAGGGGUUUGAUGAUGGCAGUCAUGAUCGCUGCUUUGAUGAGUGAUCUAGACUCGAUCUUUAACAGCGCGAGCACCAUCUUCACACUGGACAUAUACAAAACUGCUCGACCGAAGGCGUCUCAGCACGAGCUGCUGAUCACGGGCCGCUUGUUUGUCGUGGUCAUGGUGGUAAUCAGCAUUGCCUGGGUCCCUGUUAUUAUUGAAAUGCAAGGUGGACAGACAUACCUCUACAUCCAGGAAGUUGCUGGCUACCUCACUCCACCAAUUGCUGCCCUUUUCCUGUUGGGGGUGUUCUGGAAACGGUGCAAUGAGAAAGGUGCAUUUUGCGGCGGGAUGACAGGUUUCACACUCGGCGUCGUGCGACUGAUCCUAGCUUUUAUCUACCGCCAGCCUCGCUGUGACCAGCCAGAUGAUAGACCUGCCUUCAUCGUUAAUAUUCACUACAUGUAUGUUGCCACUGGGCUGUUCUGGAUUACUGGGUUUGUGGCGGUGGUGGUCAGCCUCUGCACCUCUCCACCAGAUGAGGAGCAUGUUCGUACCACCACAUUCUGGGGGGUCCGCAACAUUAAAAAGGUUCCCACAGAGGACAGGAAGGACACUUACAGGCUGACUGAAAAGAUCCAUUAUAGUGCAGACGGAAGUCUCCAGGAAGAACUGCCUCUAGAUGUCAGAGAGGAGAAGUGUUUGGAUGGGGCACAUGUCAUACCCCUGAUCCCAUCCACGGACUGUGACCCAGAAACCCCUAGUACGGAAACAUCCCUUCUCGCCACAACUCCAGAACAAUCUGGUAGUGCAAGUAGGGAGAUGAUCAGAAAGGAAAGCUGCCAUGUUAGUGGGGAGACCAGCAGGUGCAGGCGUUUCCUGGAAUGGUUUUGGGGAUACAAGGAGGGAGCACAGAGCUCUAAGCAAGACGUUGUGCAGGAGGAUGCAAGAGCUGUUGCAGAGAGGCUGUACGAGCCGCCUAGAAUCAAAACUCUCCUCAACGUGGUUCUGUUUAUCAACAUUUGUUUGGCCAUCUUCAUGUAUGUUUUCUUCUCGCUGUAGUUGAACUCUGCACUGAACCAAUGUGAACUGGUGUGGAUGUUUUUUUUAUUGAGGUGGAAACGAACAGUUGAGUUUCCAAAGAUUUGAGAAGCUCUGCCUGUAAUACAGUUGUCUUUUGUAGCUCUCUAACAAGGAUCUAAGAUUACAUUAAUUCGUUUUUUUUUUUAAAUGUAUAAAGCUUUGACACGGGAAAACAAUUGUGCUCUUAAUGACUAUGAAGCUUAUUAUUUAGACUGGUGUUUGUCCUUUUUGUAAUGCGCUUGUAUUACAUUUAUAAUAUAGACUUGUUUUUUGUACUUCUACGUGAAUUUGAUAUUUGCCUUAUUUGACAUAUGCACUUGUUUUUUUUCUGUGAAAAUUAAAUGUAUUCUGUGAUUUAUGCAUUUUUUUCUAUUUUAGUUGAUGGCGACGGUAGGCUUAGUUGCUGGUGUAGCGCCUGUAUGUCUGUAGUAAGUCAAAAAACUAUUUUAGGUUAGAGAAGCCUUUACGGUUUUGUGCAAGUUUUUGUCGCUGAACGCUAAAUUGUCACAGCAUUAUUUCAGUAAAAAAGUAUUUGAUAUAUUUUUAUUGUUCCCCCGACUGUCAGUUCAUGUUUAUCAGCAAAAUACCUUAUAAAUAUCCAUGUUGUUUUGCUGAAGACAAUAGGUAGAAAUGAUAUCUUACCCUCUGUUUGUAAAGUGGACAAUUAUGAAGUAUGUAAAACGAGUUAAGUGCCAAGAACCUCUGCUGCUAUUACAUACGACCAU